CCAAUACAAACAGGGUACAUGUGUAUGCACCUUAAGUGUCGAUACGUGUGCGGAUCAUAUCACAUUUGUUUUGGGUAGCGUGGAAUAAACAUACUUUGUUUCGAUUUCAGUCUACCUCAAAGUCUUCAUGUUGUACACAGAGUUUUUCUGCGAUUUCUAAAUUUUUAAAAUGGCACCAAACAAUGAGAAGAAGGUGAAGAGAAAACACGUGCAGUUAAGUGUGGUGCAGAAAUUAGAGCUAGUCGAGAAGUUGGAACAAGGCAUCUCAGCGAAGGAUAUUUGUAACAUGUAUGGCAUUCACCCAGGGACUCUCUCGAAUAUCAAGAAAUCAAAGCCCAAAUUACAAAAGUUUGCUUUAACACACAAUAUUGAUAGCUCUGAAUUACAUGCUUCUACAAUAGGGAAUAAAAUACGCAUGAAUUUUGGGCCAAAUAAAAAUUUAGAUAAAGCUCUGUAUGAGUGGUAUAGUCAACAAAGAUCCAGUGGUAUUAAUGUACAACAGCACCAGUUGAGAUCGGAACUUAAUGCUCUUAUAACACGUAUGGGACUCAGUAUCAAAGGUACUGUUAUGUGGCUGUGCCGUUUUAAAAAGAGACAUGGCAUUAUGGGUUCUUUGCGCGAUGCAUCCUGUAGUGAAUCAGAAUCAGAAAAGAAAAACAGUACCGAAGACAAAGUUAUUCCAGAAGAACCUAUAAAAGUUGAGAAUUUGCCUUCUUCGUCAUCUUCGCCUCCAACCACUUCUACAUCUACCAAAAAUUUCGGAGAAUCUGUAAAAGUCGAGAAUUUCUCUUCGGAACCAUGUUUAUCUCAAACAGAUGUUUAUCAGAAUUACGUUUGGUCAGAAUAUGAUAUUAAAUCUGAAGGUUCCCCUUCACCUUGAGAUGAUAAAUCCUCAGAUAACAACUAAUGACUCGCUAUCACUAUAGUUACAGCAAAAGUGUCUCUCUUCAACUACUUUGUUAAUGAACAAAG